UUCCUUUAUUCCCUUCUUUAUUCCAUUCUCUUUCUUCUGCCCUAUAUCUGUGCAUGGCCUCUGUUGAAGAAGACCAAUUACAACCAUUUUCUUUCUUUACAUAUCCCUCUCUAUCAUCUCUCUCUCUCUUCCAUAACCCUUUCCUUUCUUUAACUUUCUGCAAAAUCUCUUCCAAAAACCAAUCCAAACUGAAAUCUUCUCUUAAUUAUUUGUUGCUACCCGAUCUUUGUUUUUGUAUGAUUGGUUGUUGCUUUUUUCAAAAAAAUAAAAAUAAAAAUAAAAAAAACCCUUCUUAAGUUUUUGAAUGAGGAUUUAAAGAUGCCUAAUAUUGAAAGGUUAAUAAAUAUUGAAUCUUCUUCCUCCUCCUCUUCUUCUUCUUCUACCCCAUUUCUUGAUCUUUCUCUUCAAAUUAGUCCACCCAAUAAUAAUUCUACCUUCACUGCUAAUACUUUUGAAAGCUCUAAUAAUGGAAUUAUUAUUGGGACUCCUAAUCAUAAUCAUAAUAAAUUAUUUACUCAUCAUUACAAUGAUAAAUUCAAUCAAAUAAACAAUGGGGUUUGGCUUGAUCAUCAUGGUUUUUUCAACCCUAUUAAUGGCUUCCCAAUUCAUCUCAACCGUUCGUUUUUCUCUUUGAAAGACUCCAAACAGAUCCCUACUUCCCCUACUUUCUCGUCCUCGUCUUCGUCUUCGUCUUCAAUCUCCUAUUCGAAGAUUUCUACCUUCACUUUGCCACCGCCGUAUCUCCCGUACCAGUUGGACUCUGGCCGAUCGUCAACGGUGGCAAAAGGACGAUCGAUGAGGGCACCGAGAAUGCGGUGGACGAGCAGCCUCCACGCUCAGUUUGUUCAUGCUGUUGAGCUUCUUGGUGGCCAUGAAAGAGCUACGCCUAAAUCAGUUCUAGAGCUCAUGGAUGUGAAGGAUCUCACAUUGGCUCACGUUAAAAGCCAUUUACAGAUGUUUCGGGCUCAUAAGACGACCGACAAGCCUGCAGCUUCUCCAGGUCGUUCGGAGGGUAGUUCUGGCUCUCUAGAGGAUGAUAUGUUUUCUACUCAAGGAGAACAUAUGGGCUAUGCUUCCUCCAAUACUUCUCUUUGCUCUAUGAAUUCCAUAAGCGUUCCAUGGAGGAGUUGUGCUGACAUAGAUGGCGGCCAAUCAUCUUUAAAAGUUCCACCAAAAUCUUCCCAACAAAACAAGGGGCGUUGAAUUGAGCACAGAUGAGGAAGCUAUAUUCUCAAGAUCAUCAGUUGCAUUUGGAUUGUCACAAACUCUAAUUUAAUGAUGGCUUUAGGCAGAUCUGAUUUGGCAUUAUAUUCAAGGAGAUGUUUAAUUUGUUAUCAAUAUCCUAUUUAAUUACUUUUUUCUUUUCUUCAAUCAUGUACUUAAAUAUUUGGUGUCACUAUCUCAUCAACUCAUAUAAAUUUUAGUGUUUUGAGAAUCAAAA